AUGAUUUUUAUUCGUCUGCCAUUAACUGGUACCGUCACGAUGCUGCUCUGUAAGAUACCUGCCAACUUUUUAAUCACCUCUAUCUACGUGGUCUACUACUAUCUCAACUACGCCGUGAUCUAUUCUACGUUGGCCAUUUCGCUUCUCAGAGCGACUGCUGUACUUCGACCGUUUGACUCCAUAAAGGUAUUUUUGGCAAUUUUCAUGAACUGA